AUGUCGCAGCCUCCGCCGUCUUCUCAGUCAUCAGUACCACGGUCACCAACAUCGCAACGCCCGCCUUCAGGGUUACAGCACCCAGUCUCAUCAUGGCCGCUGGAUAACUCAUGGGCAUCGACGACACCACAGCGAUCAGGAGCAUCACAAUCAUCGGCUCUUGCGUGUCGGCCUGCACCAUCUCAGCCAACGCCAACUUCACAACCGCCGCCAUCAUCACAGCCUCCAGCGGCCAGGCCCUCGACAUUAUCCCCCCCAUCUUCAUCAUCUCAACCAUCGACUUCGGAGCCACCGUUCCGUACCCCAACAGCGCAAGAGCGGCCCGCAGCGCAAGUAGCAAUGUCUCCUGGGUCUGCUGUGUCUAACAGCGAACAGCCAAACAACGCAUGGCCGACUUCGCAGACAUCGCAGGUCCUGGCACCUCCCCGCCACUCACCAAUAGAGAGUCCACUGCCAGAAGAUGCUCAGACUCGCUCUGAAGUCUUGAGACAUCCUCAUGCAGCUCAGACCAAGACUUCUGCGCAGGCUUUGGGAAACAGUCCCCAACCUAGCGAACUUUCACGUGCGACAAGGCCCAAGGCAUCAUCCAAGCCCUCAGUUGAUAUUGUUUUGCUUAACCGUCAAGCAGUCAAUGAAGCGCGGUCACAGUCCAUGACAACUGGACAGCAAGCAGCAACAACCAGCCCUACACAGAUGCCAGCAGCUCAUGAAAGACAUUCAGAACCUGCACAGAUAACGUCAAUGCCGCCAGCUAUGUCUGCUGCCAGACCUGAAGCCCCAGCUGCGCGCCGCCCGCUCCCUCGGGAGAGACCAUCACCUAGACCUUCUGCUUCACCGGUAAAGAGCCGUGAAGCCCCCAAGGUCAUGCCGUCACAAAAUCAGGCUCCCAGUGCUUUCUCCCAACAUCCUUCUGGGGCCGGGAAUACUCCAGCAGCUCAGCCAGAGCGACCAGCACAAAUGCUCUCAGGUCAGCCACCUACCAGAUAUGCUUCUCGACCUACGUCCCCGGUACACCAAAACUCACCCCGCUUGCCGCCCAUGAAUGUCCCUCUAGAUGGACACUAUAUCCCCAAUACAAUGUUGGCCCAACAACAGGCAUCUUUGUCGAUGUCUCGACCUAGUUCUUCGGGACAUAUUGGACCACAACCUGUGCCUUCUCCUCGUCUGGCUGCUCGGUCUAUAUCGCGACCCGGCUCUGCAUCCCAAAAGCACAUUGUAUCACAGGCUAUGCCUUCUCCCCAUCAACUAGCGGCAGAAAUUCAGCGACCUCGGUCCGGAUUCCAGGGGCAUUCUGGGUUGCAGCCGAUGUACUCUCCCCGACAAGUUCCUAGGGAAAUCCCUCACCGUGCUUCAGCCUAUGAAGGGCAUCCAAAUCAUCGUCCUGUUCCAUCACCGCGCGGUCCCUAUGCUGUUCCAGUGCAGCCGCCCGCAUCGCCUCAACAAUCUUUCAGUCACUUUUCCCAUCGAAGCCCUGAGAUGCAGGGACAGGGCUAUGUUUCCCAGCGUCAUUAUGCAUCAACUGGGACCUUGUCACCGCAAUUGUCAACAGCGGAAAAUCAAUUGCCACCCAUUCGAUUACCAAACAUCUCUCGUCCUCGAUCUGGAGCCCAGACAGCUCCAAACAUGAUCUCGCCGCCGCAGACCGCUGUUGGGGCUCGACCAGGACACUAUACGGGAUAUCACCAGCCUACGCCGCAUAUUAUGCAAUCGCCGCGUCUAUCUGCGGCCGAAAUCUCUCGACCGCACACGGCAAGCAACAUGCAUCCUCCCCUGCCCACGAUGUCACCAAUCCUAGGGCACACAGAACCGCGUAGACCAAACUCAAGCUACGCUCAAAGCAUGCCUUUUCACGCCCCCUUGCCCACCAUGCUGCCAACCUAUUCGAACACAAGCUACCAGUCGUCGGCACCAUCUGCACACCAGUACGCCCAACCUAAUCGUCCUCAAGGUCACCUUCGAAGACAUUCCGAAAGCGCUUGUCAGCCCCAACUCCAGCAGUAUGCACUCGCAGGCAGCCCGCAGAUAGCAAACUCUACGCCACGGUCCUAUCAGUCGCCAGAGCUCGAUCGGGGUCCGAGACGUAAUCCGGCUCAGGAUCCCUUCCUCCCUGAACUCUCUCCCAACGUUCGUAAGGCACUUCUGGAACAAGUUAGAACAGACAGACUCGAUCUUAUCCCCUGCGACUUUCUCAACAACGAAAACAAGUAUCGAUGCCCUUUUUGCAAGGAAACGACUCUGGAACCAACAGCGCUUAUUAAUCACAUCAAGAUGAGCUGUCCAAUGCUGGAGGAGAAGUAUAAACAGGACAAGAAUGAGCAGGCCAUUGAAGCGAAUCAAGCCAAGCGAGUCACGCAAGCUAAGAGAAAGAGUCAGAUGGCCCAGGCAACGAAGAAUGCCCGAGUUCGGAGUUGA